CUGCUACGUCACGUUCACGCGGAAGUGUUUUGCUAUUGAACAGCGGUGCUUUUGAUUUUUAGCUAAAUUCGGCACUUCUAGAAAGUAUCAGUCUGCGUUUAAAUGUUAACUCAAGCCCAACCAGUGUUCGCAUAGUGUAUUUUAAAGCUAUAUCAUAAGAAAGCUUCCACUUUUAAUAAAUUACCUGCUUUAGUGCAUGUUAAACCGUUUGCUUUCGUUUGUUCUAACCUCUAACCCAGUGAAGUAUAAAGCUAGUUAGCAUAACAGCUAACUGAGAAGUUGCUAUUAUCAGAAAGUAGUUUGGACCUGUUGUAAUAAAAGGAGGCAGAUAGUCGGUAAUAAUAAAAUAAUACAACACAGAUUCGCCUGCUUAAGCAGGAUGUUAUGAUGUAUGGCCGGAUACUGGAUUUUAAGGUUUACUCACUUACUGAAGAGAGGACCAUUCAAGAAACAAGCCUGGACAAAAACCUAUAACACCUCAGUCGUGGUGUCGGCUCAAGUUAUUUUAAUGACAGCGUUGGUAGACUUUGACCCUUUAGUUAAGAGACUCGGGCCUGAAACCAGUUCCCCAACAGCCCCUUCGUGUUCUCUUAACGGUGUUUCCAGCAAAGACCAUGAGACAGUAGAUCAAGUAAGAAGGAAAAACAUAACACAGACCGAGAUGGAUGAAAGGCCAAAGUCCAGAUCAGAUGGUUUGCGGGGUGUGAAGACGAAAAGUCCCCAUCAGAGAAUCGUCCCUAAACAGCAACAGAAGUUCAGGAGCACUCUUGAACGUUGGUUGGUUAAACCAUCCAAAAAUGCAAAUACAGCAGAAGUGUGCCAAACCCCAGAGGAUGCUGAAAUGCCUGACGAAGAUGACCUACAAGGCACCUCAGCUCAGAUUCAAGACUGCCAAAACAUUAACAAAACAUCCAUCUCUGACACGGAUGAGGAAACCCAACCUUUGACACCUCAAGACCUGGAUGAAGAAAAUCCUGUGUCACCAGUUCCAAAAAUAUGCAUGGGAAGUGAAUUAAUACAAACACUGUCCCAUGAUGAUGGAGAGAAGGAGACAUGCUCAGCCAACUCAGAGGACUCUGACAAACAAAGCUCCAAAAUAACAGACUUCUUUUCAGGAACCUCAUCUUCAUCGGGUUUACAUGGAAGACAGGGCAGGCCACAUAAGUCCGCAGAGAAACAAGAUGCUGAUAACGGAGCUUCUUCUGCUCCUGUCGGGCCUGAUGUGAAAUGGCUGGGGACGCCUAUUGAUGAGCUAAAGAGAAUGCCUGAAUGCGGCAAACGGCUUCCACCACUGAGGGAUGUUCCUGGACAGCACACUGUGAUGAUAAGGACAGACCUGCUUCAGGAUGAUCAAGUUCCUGUUCCAUAUCCUACUAGGUUUAAGGACACCUGGGAUGAUGUAUAUGUGAAGAUGCCCUGUUCCAGUAUGAGUCUGUUUCCUGUCGUAGAUGAGGAAACUCAAGAAAUGCAGAAUAAAAGUCGGUGGGAGUUGAUCAAGGAGACUUUAAGCAACGAAUUCAUGAGUCCACAGCAGCUGAAGUGUGCCAUUCUGAAAUACAGCGCCUCAAAUGCCAAGAAAUGGGAUUUCACAGCACUAUGUCUGUACUGCAACAAGGUCCUGGAUCCUGAUGAGGCUGAACAUCUGUUUGACUCCCUGCUGCCAGACAUGGUGCAAUUAGCACUGAGAGCAUCUGAGCUCUGCACCAAGCCGAUACCCCUCCUCAAGGUAGACAUGAACCACUCCAUCACCAUGUCUCAGGAGCAGGUGGCAUGUCUGCUUGCCAACGCCUUCUUCUGCACCUUUCCCCGACGCAACUCCAGGAGGUCUGAGUACUACAACUAUCCAGAUAUCAACUUUGUCAGGCUUUUUGAGGGUUCCUCUUCAAGGAAGAUCGAGAAGCUUAAAACCUUGAUGUGCUACUUCAAGAGUGUCACUGAAAAAAAGCCUACUGGACUUGUCACAUUUACAAGGAAAAGCUUGGACAAACCUCUGAGUUGGAACAGCUCACAGACUCUGCUUACAAAGCUCCACAUAACUUGUGAAGGGACCAUCGAGGACGAUGGUUAUGGAAUGCUUCAGGUGGAUUUCGCCAAUCAGUUUGUUGGAGGAGGGGUCACCAGUUCAGGUCUAGUUCAAGAGGAAAUCCGUUUUCUGAUCAACCCUGAGCUCAUUGUUUCUCGCCUCUUCACUGAAGCCCUGGAUCAUAACGAAUGCCUGAUCAUUACAGGUACACAACAGUACAGUAAAUACACAGGCUACGCUCAGACCUACAAAUGGAAUGGCAGCCACAAGGACACAACUCCAAGGGAUGGCUGGCAGAGAAGAUGCACAGAGAUCGUAGCUAUUGAUGCGCUGCACUUCAAGAGCUUUCUUGAGCAGUUUCACCCUCACAGAAUCAACCGGGAACUCAACAAGGCAUACUGUGGCUUUGCUCGCCCUGAGGAUCAAAGCCAAAACCUGUCAGCAGUGGCUACAGGGAACUGGGGCUGUGGGGUUUUUGGGGGUGACACACGCCUAAAAGCUCUCCUCCAGAUGCUGGCAGCUGCUGAGGCGGGCCGAGAUGUGGCCUACUUCACCUUUGGUGACAGCCAGCUCAUGACAGAUGUACACAACAUGCACUCUUUCCUCACGAAGAGGAAGAUCGGUGUCGGGGAGGUGUAUGAUCUCAUGGGGCAGUACUACAGCUCAGUGUGCAAGAGCUGCCUCGGCCGGCGCCCUGACGUCAGCCUCUACUCCUUCAUCUACCAACAGGUCAGCUCCUCCCCGGCGCCGGAUGACUCUGAAGGGGGCUCGGCCAGACAACACGUCCCUGCAGACAGCAGUUAAGGUCAUGUGGCUGAUGAGUCACUGCGCCUUAUUGGUGGAAAAUGAAACAUUUGCCAAAUUAAAACACUCUCAGAUUGCCUUUACACCAAUGUUUCCUCUUUAAUUUUUUUGUUGGACAUUUCAAAUCAACAGUGUUGGAUUUACUAAGAGCAGUCUUCACUGCUGAUAGCUGAACAUGAAAAACCUGGCAAUGCAGAUCCCCUCUGAAAACAACGGAGCAGCUGAAGGUGAUUAGUUAUGACCCUGCCUCGCGCUGUCGUCCAAGCCGUGUUCAUUCUGCUGCUGCUGGUAAUACGCCAAUGGAUUGAGCUUCAAUACAACGCAAUUGUGAUUUUAAUGGUGAAGCAAAGGUUGCCAUCCAUCUUCUGAGUUUGUCAUGCUGCCUUUUUUACACCCACACAUAUCCAGCCUAAUUGAAUUGGCUGUCAGAAAUCAAGUUAAAGGAAAAGAAUAACAAGAGGCGGGUUUGGAGAGCUUAGAGCACUCACAGGAAAGUGGUUUGAUUUAAAGAGCAGCCUGGCUCUUUGGGAAAUUAUCUCCUACCUGGGUUCUUUGCUGUGCUGUAUAUGUUACCAACUCCAAAGCUAAAUGCGCUUAAAAUAUUUAUAUGAUUUGUUUGUGAGAAUUCAUUCUUUGUAAAUCUGAUAUUUGUAGGCUUUCGUAUUGCUGUAAAGCUGGACUUGAAUGAAAAGUGAGACAUCUUUCUAGUGAUUUUGGUUUUCCACAUCCUUAAUAAAAUCAGUUUGAAGUUAA